AUGGGUGGCUCUCAGUUCAGUGGUCUUCCAAAUGGGAAAAUUGUACAAUGUAAAUUUUAUCUCGCUGAUGCAGGAUUCGCCAAUAUGCCGCAGUUUAUUACUCCAUAUCGUGGUGUCCGUUAUCACUUGAAGGAAUUUGGUGGAAAUCGUCCAAAAUGUGCAAAGGAAUUAUUCAAUCUCCGACAUGCAUCGUUACGGAAUGCAAUUGAACGUGCUAUCGAUAUACUUAAAAGACGCUUCACUAUUUUGCAAAUGCAGCCUCAAUAUCCAUUCGAAUCACAAGUGAAAAUUACUGUUGCUCCUGUACUUUUUCGAUUACUCUUCCAUGAUUGCUUCAUUGGGGGUGAUGGACCUUUUUAUCCAGUUCCUACAGGAAGGAGAGAUAGUCUUGUAUCUUUCCCUGAAAUUUCUCUAAUGGAGCUUCCAGCACCAACUGAUGAUCUUUCUGUCAUCCUCUCAAAGUUUCUCCUUAGAAACUUCAACGAACAAGAAACAGUCAGUCAGUUGGUUAACUGCAAAUUCAUCUUGGGACGUGUAAACAACUUCUCUGGUACUGGCGCACCAGACCCAACAAUAGAGAUCGAUUUCCUGAAAGUGAUGCAAGCCAAAUGCAGCGAUGAACGUGAAUUUAUCGAUCUGAAGAAUGAGGGUGCAGCUGAGGCGGGAUUUGGGACACAUUUCUUUCAGGGACUGGUGCAGAAUAAAAGUGUCCUUAGAUCAGAUCAACAGCUUAUGAGUGAGGAAAAAACUGCAACCUGGGUAAGAGCAUACGCGUCAAACAAUUUCUUGUUCAUAAAGGAUUUCUCCAUUGCAAUGAUAAAGCUUUCAAACAAUGGAGUACUCACAGGAUCUUUAAUGGGACAGAUUCGAGUCAAUUGUUCCUCCACAUUGUGA